UUGUUCCAGGGAUGACAGAGUCCUUUUUCUUUGGUGAAUCACAAUUGAUACAUGCUGCUGGAUUGGAAAAUGAUAAUCCAGAGGAGCAACCAUCACUAGCUGAACCUCCGAUUAUAUCUAUAGAUGUCUCUCAUUUGUAUCAUACUGAUCAGCGUUUCCCUUUGAAAGAUGAUCUUAUGAAAUGGGUUCGCGACAUUUCUAUGGCAAAUAAUUUUGUUUUGGUGACAACAAAGUCUGAUAGUGGUGUGAAGGGAAGAAAAGAAUAUGUCAUUCUGGGGUGUGAGAAGCAUGAUGCGUAUAUUCCCUACAGAGAACCGGAUCUUGUUGAAGGAACGUCAACACAAAAGACAGGUUGUCCUUUUAGGCUAAAAGGACGACGUACGAAAGAUGAUAAAGGUUGGUGGUUGAAGGUGAUGGACGGUAGACACAUCCAUCUCGCAGCUGAGUCACUAGUUGGCCACAAUUACGCUGGUCGACUGAAUAGUGAGGCGAAGGAGGACGUGAUAAAUCAGGCUAAGACUUGGGUUCCACCUAGAAAGAUGUUGGUGUCCUUGAAGGAAAAAGAUCCUUCAAACUUGACUACCAUCCAACAAAUUUAUGGUGUUUGCAAGCGGUUCAGACAAUCCGUCCGUGGGUCACUGAUAGAGAUACAAUACUUGCUGAAGAAGUUGGACGGUGAGAAGUAUGUUCACUUCGAACGAAAUGAACCCGGAUCGGAAGUGAUUAGAGAUAUAUUUUGGGCUCAUCCGAAUGCCGUCAAACUUUUCAACACAUUCCCAUAUGUUGUGAUCAUGGAUUGCACAUACAAGACCAGCAAAUACAAACUACCCUUGCUCGAGAUUGUUGGCCUGACCUCCACGGAUAAAACAUACUCAAUAACAUUCUGUUACAUUGGCAGUGAGACCACAGAGGACUACAUUUGGGCAUUGGAGUGUAUGAAGUCUCUGAUUUCCGACCAAUCCAGGUUGCCUAGAGUGAUUGUGACGGACAGAGAUCUUGCCUUAUUGAGUGCUGCUUCACAAAGCCUUCCCACCACCACCCAUUUACUAUGCUUGUGACACAUCAACAAGUGUGUUUUGGAA